AUGCAGUCAAAUGCACCAACCAUCGAAAUACCAGUAACACGAAGUCAGUUCAAGAACCUGGCCAACCAAAGUUCGAACUCAGCACAAGGCAACACUGAAGCCACCAAUGUCUCGACUACAAGUGUGGAACAAGAACAAGUGGAUAGAGGAGCUUUCGUUGAAUGGCUUGAUCUUGACUAUGCUCCCAAUUCAAUACCGAAACAGAUCGACUGGAAGUCCAUUCUUAAAGAUGUUCGGAAAAUUCAUGGCUGUCGUCAGAUCACAUUUACAUGUCCCAUGGAAAACCCCUAG